CGUAAAGUCUCAAGUUUGAAACCCUAGUGUCUGUCAAGAAUCAAAUAAAAAAAGAAAUAUUAGUAAAUAUUUUUCACACAACCCUCAACUUAUUCGUUGUAAUGUGUAUAAACACUGAAAUGGUUUUAUAAUACAAAUUAUUAACUAUGAUUUAAGUGGUGCUAUAUCUCAUAUAACUGUUAGCAUAAUUGUAAUAAAGAUUCAUCAAUAUGAGUAGAUGCUGUGUGGAACGAUGCCCAAACACAAAUGAAGAUAAAAUUUACUUUCCUUUCCCAGCGAGCAAGACGCUGCUGCGGAAGUGGCUGGACGUGACGCCGACCAAGGGAAGGAUCACCAUCGACUCGGUCAUCUGUCAUCAGCACUUCAAGGAGGACGAGUACGACUUCAUCCGUGGGAAGACCAGGCUCAAGGCGAAGGUCGUCCCGAGCGUGUUCGAUUUAAGAAAGUCGCCGUCGCCCCAAAGAGAAGCAACACAGAACAUUGUCGACAUCAAUGACGAGAUACCCGCAGCCACCAUAGACAAGAACACGUUGAAGACUGUAAGCACCAUAGACAAGAAUAUAGAGACGGAAAACAGUAAACACCAUGAACCGAACGGAGACGUUAUCGAACGACUAGUAGCAAACUCGUCACAAGACAACGAAGCACACAAAGACAUAGAAGACAUUAUAACGAACUAUCAAAUAAAACAGAUAAGACCUAUCAACAGGGAAACGGAAACGGAAAAGGAAGGAGAAGUAGAGAAAGAGGGAGAAGAAAGAAGAGAAAAAGAGAUACAGAACGAGGAGAAUGACGUGGUGACGAUAGAAGACGCCGCGCCCGUCUACAUAGAAGUUAACGUAGACAAAGGUAGCGACGUGGUCGGCGACUGUAUGAUGGUGCUGGAGAGCGUCCAGUGCGAGGUGGACCCCGGCCUGUUCGAGGAACAGGACAACGACCACGACCUGGACAGAGACUCGGAUGUCAUCGACCUUGGAGAGAGGAAGGAGGAUCCUAUAAGUCUGCUGACGUCCAGCGACGAGGACGAGGUCGUCAUAGAGGAACCUCACAUCGACACUGUGGAGGUGUCCGACGGAGACUCGGAGCACGACCUCGAGGAGGAGGACGAUCUGCCGCUGGUGAAGCUGGUGCCGCACGGACACCGGAACAGGAAGUGGCCGCUCUACCAGUACUACUGUGUGGAGUGCGGCUUCACCACCGACGACAGGACGGAGUACAAGAAGCACAGGAGCGAUCACACCACCGUCCUGGAGGUGUGCCAAGUGUGCGGCUACACGACGGCCAGCAAGGCGCAGUUCGGCAGACACAAGAGGAAACACAAAGACGAGAAGAAAUACAAGUGUCACCUGUGCGACUACAGGGCGAGGCACAACAUGAGCCUCAUAUACCACCUCAAGUCGCACGAGCGGGUCAUAGUGAACGGCAAGGACGGGUACCAGUGCAGCAAGUGUAGCUACCGGAGCAACGUGAAGAGCAGUCUGGUGAGGCACGUCAGGAUGUGCGGGGGCAGGUUCGCCUGCGAGGGCUGCGACUACAAGACCAAGAGGGAGAGCGACCUGCGGAAACACCGGCUGCGGAGACACGCCGCCUCCAGGAGAAUACACAAGUGAUACACUGCAGGCUGGGUCGCGCUCAGCAUUGUGGGUAGUUGUAUAAUUUAUGAAGCUCAAUUUCUAUGUACCUUCCGUGAAGCGCAGGACGUCGUGUAAAUAUUGUACAUCAUGUAAAUAAAACAUACAAAAUA